CCCUCUUAGCGGGAGUCGUCAAGACUCCUGGUAACAAGGUUGCUAAGGCUCACAGAAUUUUAGCAGUCUCUUUUGUAUACCGUACAGUAUGUCGGUGGCGGACUAUGUUAUCCCAGUACCUAGGUCGAAGACCGCAGCCCAAACUUUUUCAUUCUGUAUCUCCUUAAGUCAGAGUUCUAUUCCAUUUGGCAGACAUAAGACGACGUUGUCAUGUCAGGCAAAGGCGACACUGCCUCGCAUCAAAGCACCACUCGGAGUUGCGAAUACUGUCGCACCCGCAAGGUGCGAUGUGAUACGCAGAGGCCAUCAUGUGGAUCAUGUUUCCGCCAGAAUCGCAAAUGCGUCUAUGUGUUUCAACCGCGAAAAGCAAGACCCACGCUGGCGAUGCUAGAGGAGCUACGGACGGAGAAUGCAAGAUUGUGUGCCAUGAUCCAGAGAAUGGGAGGGAUGAGAUCCCCUGAUGCGGGUAGCAACGUCGCCGAUGCUUUACAGGCGGAUGACAGCCAAUCACUAAUCCAGCAGCAACAGCGACAGCAACAAGUGUCUCAUCCCGCAUCAGGUGAGCUCGAGGUAGCCAGCAGUGUCAUUGGGGAAGUGCAACCAUCUGCAUCUCAGAAUCAAGCCGACUCUGGAGGAAUAUCUCAUGAACUGUUCGACUCAACAGAUCGCAGCAAUGAUGCGAGCAUGCCCGGCGAAGCAAGGACCAACGAAGGUGGACCAGCGACCGUGGAGUCAACGCCGGACGUGUCCCCAUACCUAUGGACAGACGAAAAAGGAAAGGUCAACGCUUUUGGGCCUUCAUCGGCGCUCCAAUCCCGACCGAACACCGCCCGCCAGGAGGAUCGGGUAGUCUCGGUCCAUAUGCAAAACGCACUCCUAGCAAAUGCCGUCAUAUCACGACAGAACGAGCACAAACUGAGAGAGCUGGUUUCGCUAGACGGCGUGCCGAUCGACCUUGCAAUCCACUUACUAGAUCUCCACUGGAACCGGCAGCACCAUACGUUUCUCUUGACGUACAGACCGGCGAUCAUGCGGGAUAUACUACGCGGUGGCCGUUUCGCGUCCAAGUUGCUCAUCAAUGCCAUCUUUGCCUGCGCAAGCAAGUUUUCACAGCGAGCGGCUGUCAUGGACGAUCCUCAAAAUCCCAGCACUGCCGGAGGCCGCUUCUUCCGCCGAUGCGACGAGCUGAUGGAGGAGAAGCAGCUCCUGCUAACCCCAAGCAUCCCAACCAUAGCCGGCCUGCUUCUUUUGGGCUCCUCCUAUAUCGCCAAGGGGUCAACAUCCAAGGGCUGGAUGCUUACGGGAUCAGCACUACGCAUGAUAUUCGACCUUGGCCUGCAUCUGGACCACAAGAUCACAGACGAAAAUGCGGAAGAAGUUGAAAUGUAUCGACGAGUCUUUUGGGGCGCCUUCAUCUGUGACAAACUGCAGAGCCUCUAUCUGGGACGGCCGGUGGGCAUUCGGCUCCGCGAUGCAUAUGUUUCCCAUGAGCUUAACGACCAUCUAGAGGAGAACGAGCUCUGGGCCCCAUAUAUUGACCCUUCAAUUCCUGAAGACCGCCUGCGGUUGGGUUCCGCUCCGCAGGGCCUCAUCUAUUCAGUAUCCUACUUUCAGCAAAUCUGCCUUCUCUUCAAAAUCGUCGACCGGAUUAUCGACAUCUUCUAUGUCGUGGGAGCAACUCCAGCUGAGGCUCAGGCGAGUCUCAAGGGAAUUGAUAACGCUCUCGAGAAGUGGGAGGCCGACCUCCCCGGAUUUAUCCGGCUCGAUCCUAUAUCCGCCACUCUCGAAGGUGGUCGCAUACCGGCGCCCAACAUGCUGGCUCUACACAUACUCUACCACGCUGUUAUAAUUCUCCUGCACCGGCCGCUGGUCGCUGAAGGGCACCUGAACUGGGCAACCACUGUACCUGCGACAUCUUGGAAGCGGUGCUCUGUCGCCGCGCGAAACAUCACCAGUCUUGCCAUCGCGUACCAAUCUCGGUAUACGCUGCGCGCCGCCCCAUACCUCAUCGCCUACGGUCUUUACGUGGCCAGCACGAUCCACGUACGCAACACUGCGGCCGCGCCGAACCCGACCGGCGAUCACUCCGUCUUGCUGGCAUGGAGUCUGCGCUGCCUACGGGACCUUUCCGUUCCUAAUCCCGGGGUAUCGCAUCUUACUUCCAUCAUCGAAAAGCUCAUGGUCACCAAGGGUGUAGAAAUAGCUGCUGAUCCUACCAGUGGCCCAGAAGCUGCACCAAAUGCUGCGAGUGAGCAUAUUGCCGGAUUGCAUUGCGAGUACGCAUCGGCGGUUCGGUUUGAUUCUGGCGUGCAGUCGACGAGCUUAUCCAUAGGAGAAGCGGAGUUUGAUUGGAGUAACUGGCAUGAGUCGUUUGAAGAUGAUGUGCUGUUUGGGUUCAUGGGCUGGCAAUCAUAUCAGCUAGGCGAUUCGGCCCCUCAACCCAUGGGUGGCACGACUUCAUGUUUGGACCCAUUUGAGUCCCCAGUGAUGCAAUAAAUGCAGGUUCGUCCAUGGUUCUAAAGCACCGUAUAUAACGUUUGCCUUGUGAUGCACCGAAGGAACUCAAGGUGAAAGCCAAGUAGUUGAAGUCACCUCCAGAAGUUUUACCAUAUAGAACAGGAAGACUAGUCAGGCCGCAUGAACAAAGAACCAGCCGUU